CUCCAUCCAGCCAGGUCUUCGUGGAACUGAGACCUGGGCCCCUCCCCUCCCGCUAGACCCCUCGCGUCUCUGGGCCCCGGAGCUGCUGGGGAGGUUGGGGGUGGGGAGGCAUCAUGGAGCUGGAGGAGGAGUAUGUGGAGUGAGUAGGGAAAACCUGCCUGGUCCGUGGUCCAUGCUCGGCCCAGGCUUGCUGUGUGGCCUUGACUGAGUCCUUCCCAUCCCUGCCUCAGUAUCCCCAUCUGUGCACAGAGGAGGCUGGUCUAGGUGGUCGCUCCAGAUGGGACUGGGCAAGAACAAGGGGUCCUCAGCCUCCGGAACCCCCUCGCUCUGGUCGCCUACCUUGGGAGAGACUUUCUCCACCGCAGAGGGACCCCGCGCGGAGCCUGGAGCAGGGCCCAGAGGGGCCGGACACGCCCAUCCAGGUGGUGUUGAGGUGGGUAUAGGUUCUCUAGGAGGGGUCCGUGCGAGGAAGGGACCGAUGGAGACAUCGGGAUGGACCAUCCACCUUCCCGACGGACCCCAGGGUGCGUCCCAUGAGCGCGGCCGAGCUGCGGCGAGGGGAACAGAGCGCGUUGCACUGCUCAGGGACCAGGACUCUGCAGAGUGCCCCGCCCCUUCUCCACCCUCCCCUCCCCCAGGUGAGCCCCCCGGGCGGCGGCCCCGACGUGGCGUUCCGCUUCGGCGCCGUGCUGGACGGGGCGCGCACGCAGGAGGACGUGUUCCGGGCGUGCGGCGUCCGGCGCCUGGGCGAGCUGGCGCUGCGCGGCUUCUCCUGCACUGUCUUCACCUUCGGCCAGACCGGCUCCGGGAAGACCUACACCCUGACCGGGCCUCCUCCCCAGCUCUCGGUUUCUUCCUGUGUAAAAUGGAGGUGAUUGUACUGACGGUGAGAAUUAAGGGAGAGGUUCUAAGGGGAGAGGGGGUGCCUGUCCCCCCCAGCCUGGCUGGCAUCAUGCAGAGGACCUUCGCCUGGCUGUUAGACCGCGUGCAACACCUGGGUGCCCCUGUCACCCUCCAGGCCUCCUACCUGGAGAUCUACAAUGAGCAGGUCCGAGACUUGCUGAGCCUGGGGGCUCCCCGGCCCCUCCCCGUUCGCUGGGACAAGACCCGGGGCUUCUAUGUGGAGCAGCUGCAGCUGGUGGAGUUUGGGAGUCUGGGGGCCCUGAUGGAGCUUCUGGAGAUGGGUCUUAGCCGUCGGAGGAGCUCAGCUCACACCCUGAACCAGGCCUCCAGCCGAAGCCACGCACUACUCACACUCUACAUCGGCCGCCAAACCCAGGUGCCUCCUGUGGACCCCGGGGAAGCCCCUGUUGGUGGGAAGCUGUGCUUCGUAGACCUGGCGGGCAGUGAGAAGGUGGCGGCCACAGGAUCCCGCGGGGAGCUGAUGCUUGAGGCCAACAGCAUCAACCGCAGCCUGCUGGCCCUGGGUCACUGCAUCUCCCUGCUGCUGGACCCACAGCGGAAGCAGAGCCACAUCCCCUUCCGGGACAGCAAGCUCACCAAGCUGCUGGCGGACUCGCUGGGGGGGCGCGGGGUCACCCUCAUGGUGGCCUGCGUGUCCCCCUCAGCCCAGUGCCUCCCCGAGACUCUCAGCACCCUGAGAUACGCAAGCCGAGCCCAGCGGGUCACCACCCGACCACAGGCCCCCAAGUCGCCUGUGGCAAAGCAGCCCCAGCGUUUGGAGAUGGAGAUAUUGCAGCUCCGGGAGGAGAACCGUCGCCUGCGGUCUCAACUGGGCCAAAGGGACCCCAAGACCUCAGGGCUCAGUGGGAGCCGGGUGGCCUGGGCCCAGCAGAACCUCUACGGGAUGCUCCAGGAGUUCAUGCUGGAGAAUGAGAGGCUCAGGAAAGAAAAGAGCCAGCUGCAGAGUAGCUGGGACCUGGCCCGGGAUGAGCAGCGCGUCCUGGCCCAGCAGGUGCACGAGCUGGAGCGGUGCCUCCUGUCUGCCUGCUCCCUUUACCAGCCAGGCCCUGGCACAGCCCCACCGUGUCCCUGUGUGAUGGUGCCAGCUCCCUCCUGCCAUGCCCUGCCACCCCUCUGCUCCUGCCCCUGCAGCCACCUCUGCCCCCUGUGCAGAGCACCACUGGGCCAGUGGGCCAGCCCACGGAGGGGGCUCCACUUGUCCCAGAUGCUUGGCCCUCAUGCCCCAGGCAGCGUGCCCCUGUCUGCCCGGCCCCCGCCCUGCGUGCCCCCCUGCAGCCCUGGCUCUGCCAAAUGCCAAAGAGAGAGGAGUCACAGCGACUGGAUUCAGACCCGGGUCCUGGCGGACUUGCUGAUGGAGGAGGAGGUGGUACCCUCUGCACCCCCCCUCCCCAUGGUGCCCCCAAACACGUCGCCGGUGCAGAGAGGUGGGGCUGCAGUCCCAAACCUGGCCCGGAGACUGGAGGCCCUCAGAGACCAAAUCGGCAGCUCCCUGCGACGGGGCCGGAGCCAGCCGCCCGCCAGUGAGGGCCCACGGAGCCCUAGCCGGGUCCUCCCUCCCUGCUGAGGGCACAGUGGAAACCCAGGAGAUGCUGUGUGACCUCGGGCGGGCGUCUGCAUCUCCCCAUCUGUUAAAUGGGGAUGGCAGCUGCUGCUCCACUCUGCGGCUGGGCCGGCCGAGGACAGGUCCUGAGCGCCGGAGGUGUGGCCUGAUGGGGCGAUUUGGGGGAGCAAAUGGAGGGUGCCCCCUCAGACCACAAGAAAUGAGACUGGAUUCAGGAGAAACCAGGCAGCGGGUGAUGAAAUAUACAAAUAAAGAGAGCAUCAGCUCCACAUCUGUCUGGUCCUGUC